CAUUUACGACAUCCACUGGAGACAAGUGAAUUCCCUCCGAUCCUGACAGCGAGAGACAGCCCCGGUUUUGUCUUUUGUUUUUUUUUUCUUCUUCUUCGCUCUGUCCAGCAAAAGCCCGACUCUGGUGGAGGAAUGGUAGCCAGUUAGCUAACGGACAAAAACUGUUGGGUUUUUACUCGUUUAACAUCGCUGGUUACUUUGUUAUAACGAUGAAUUUACUACCGUCCAAUCCACAUGGAAAUGGGCUUCUUUAUGCUGGAUUUAACCAGGAUCACGGAUGCUUUGCUUGUGGAAUGGAGAAUGGAUUUCGUGUCUACAACACAGAUCCUCUCAAAGAAAAGGAAAAGCAAGAGUUCCUAGAGGGAGGCGUUGGCCAUGUGGAGAUGCUGUUUAGGUGUAACUACCUGGCGCUGGUGGGAGGAGGGAAGAAACCCAAGUACCCAACUAAUAAAGUGAUGAUCUGGGAUGACCUGAAGAAGAAGACGGUGAUCGAAAUCGAGUUCUCCACAGAGGUGAAAGCGGUGAAGCUUCGGCGGGACAGGAUUGUGGUAGUCCUAGACUCCAUGAUCAAAGUGUUCACCUUCACGCACAACCCGCAUCAGCUGCACGUGUUCGAGACCUGCUACAACCCCAAAGGUCUGUGUGUGCUGUGUCCCAACAGCAACAACUCCCUGCUGGCGUUCCCGGGAACGCACUCGGGACACGUGCAGAUCGUGGACCUGGCCAACACCGAGAAGCCGCCUGUCGACAUCCCCGCCCACGAGGGGGCGCUGUGCUGCAUCGCACUCAACCUGCAGGGAACCAGGAUAGCCACGGCGUCGGAGAAAGGGACUCUGAUCAGGAUCUUCGACACGUCGGCGGGGCAACUCAUCCAGGAGCUGCGGCGAGGCUCGCAGACGGCCAACAUUUACUGCAUCAACUUCAAUCAGGACGCGUCUCUGAUCUGCGUGUCCAGCGACCACGGCACCGUACACAUCUUCGCUGCGGAAGACCCCAAAAGGAACAAACAGUCGAGUUUGGCAUCUGCCAGCUUCCUCCCCAAAUACUUCAGCUCCAAGUGGAGCUUCUCCAAGUUCCAGGUGCCGUCGGGCUCCCCCUGCGUAUGUGCCUUCGGAACAGAGCCCAACGCAGUCAUAGCCAUUUGUGCUGACGGCAGCUACUACAAGUUUCUGUUUAACCAAAAGGGGGAGUGUUCCAGAGACGUGUACGCUCAGUUCCUGGAGAUGACUGAUGAGAAAAUAUGACCCUCGUGACUUCCUGCUGAGCAACACAUUUUUUUUUUUGUCCUUUCCCUUUUUGUUUUUGUUUGUUUCUGAGGAAUUAGAAGUUCUACUUUGCACUUCAUCUUAUCUGCAGAGACUCUGGCUCAUCAGAGCAUCAGAUGGAGAGGACAAAGAAAACAACAAAGCACAGAUUUGUUUUUGUUUUUUGGAGGAUUAGUGGGAGACUUGAGGAAAUGUGACGUGCGCCGCCUUUACUCCCAAACCAAACCCACGGCGAUGAGGGAAAGUUUUUUUUUUUUUUUUUUUCUGAAAUACAAACAGUUUUACGAUGUCUUCCGAUGGCUAUUUUUAUUCCCGUCCCGAUAGUUAAGAUGGCUUGGAUAACUAACACCGCCUAACCCCAAACUACAGGUAGAGUGCCUCUGAAACUGAAGAGAGUGUGUGCGCACAUAUCGCAGAUAAAAAACACACGCACGCACACACACCAAGUAUACCAAGUGUAUAACAUUAUUAGGUGUGUGAGGGGAUCCCGCUUUGUUAGGCAUCACCUUAGUGUUCAUAGGUUUUUCUUUGCUUGUAUAUAUACACCUGACUGAACUAACCACAUAGAGCUGUACAGAACAGUGGCUUAAAAAAACAAAAAAAUUAACCUGUAUUUUUGUUUGUUUUUGUUUUUCACUUUAUUUGUUGUGCAAUACUCCGUUUAGUCUGAAAUUUGUGAGAAAAGCUGGAAGAUUUAUAUUUUGAAAGAGAAGUUCUUUCAACAGAUUGGCUUCAUGGAGGAAGUAAUUGCACCGAGAAAAAGUUUGCAUGUUAAGUCUUAGUUAAAUCGAUUUCAAUCAGAUUUCUUUGUGAGAGCCACCUCCAAAACAAAAAAUAGAAAGAUAUUUCUUGACUGCAUUCAUAAUUUAUAUUUUGAUUCUGCCUCGUGUUAUUGGUCACUUUGCACCUUCCUCACUACACUUGUUUUUGUUUUUGCCAUUUGAGCUGAUCAGUCAGCAACCUCUGGAGAAGUCUGUCUGCAUCCACCGCAAUGAAACUAGUGACAAUCUUUUUUGUUUUGUUUCGUUUUAAUUGUCACAGCCUUCAGUUGAUUUGUUGCAAAAACACAUUUCAUUUUUGUGGCUUCUUCUUGCAUCCGAACAUGCAUUUGCAGUGCUCGGAAGUCGCAGACCACUAGAGGGGGAUGCUGAGUAAACUGAGAUCUCAGCCAACCAGUUUCUGAUACACUUAAUGAUUGUAAAAUGUGCAUUUAAAUAUGUGAAUAAAAUUUAACAUCUGCUUUUCCA